CAGCAGAACGCCAUAAGUCACGGAACGCUGAUCCAUUUCCACACAUGCAGAGUCCCAGUUGCAAACCGAGAGCAUGGAUCAAGGUGUGCCAGCUGUGGAUCUAGAGCGUGUUGAUCUGUCCUGCAAGGUGAACAACACCGAACAUCAGACUGAUCUGAAUGGAGUAACCAGGCUUAUCGUGAGGAGAGGUCAACCUUUCACUAUCAUCCUUCACUUACGACCCAGCGCUGCACUUAACAACGGACUUAACAUCAGACUGAUCGCCACUACAGGUCCUGCACCCUCAGAGGAAGCUGACACGGCUGUAAAAUUUGGACUCAGUAAGGUGAUUUCGAAGGUCCGCUGGAGUGCGACCGCAGAGGUGACGUCUGAGAAUACUGUAGCACUUACCGUGUGCAGUAACCCCAACGCUCCCAUCGGACUGUACCAGCUGACCCUGGACCAGGCCGGUGGAGUCAGUCUGGGUCAGUUUGUACUGCUCUUCAACCCCUGGUGCAAAAGAGAUUCAGUGUAUUUGGUGAACGAGGCUGAGAGGCAGGAGUAUGUCCUGUCCCAGGAUGGGCUGAUUUAUCGUGGGAAACCUAAACGCAUCACAGUGCUACCAUGGACUUUUGGACAGUUUGAGCCUGAUAUGCUGGACAUCUGUCUGAAGAUUCUGGAUAAAAGCCUUCAGCAUUUGCAGGACCCAGCCCAGGACUGCUCCGACAGGAGGAGCCCAGUGUACGUUUCUCGUGUCAUCAGUGCCAUGAUCAACAGUCAGGACGAUAAGGGUGUGCUGGUUGGGAACUGGUCUGGGGACUAUACGGAUGGGGUCAGGCCAACUGCAUGGAAGGACAGCUGCUCCAUUUUACGACAGUGGUACAACCAGAACUGCACAGCAGUGGAAUACGGACAGUGUUGGGUUUUUGCUGCAGUUGCGUGCACAGUGUCUCGGGCUCUGGGAAUCCCAUGCAGAGUGGUCACCAACUACGGAUCAGCUCACGACACGAACAGCAACCUGCUGAUCGAGCGUUACUAUGACGAGUUUGCUGAGGAUCUUGGUGACGACUCCAUAUGGAACUUUCAUGUGUGGGUGGAGAGCUGGAUGACCCGUCCAGACCUGAAGCUUGGCUAUGAGGGUUGGCAGGCCAGUGACCCCACGCCACAGGAGAAGAGUGAAGAUGUUUACUGCUGUGGUCCAGUUCCUGUGAGAGCCAUUAAGGAGGGUGAUCUGAGCGUGAAGUUUGAUGCACCGUUCGUGUUUGCGGAGGUGAACGCGGACGUGGUGGAGUACAUCACUCUGAGAGACGGCAGACACGUGAAAAUAGGCGGCUCUACCACAGAGGUGGGUCAGUGCAUCAGCACUAAAGCAGUGGGCAGCGACGAGAGGGAGAACAUCACACACCUCUAUAAAUACCCGGAAGGUUCGGAAGAGGAGAGGCAGGUGUUUGAGAAGGCCAGCCAUCAAAACCGGCUCAUCCAGAACGAGGAGGAGCCUGGUGUUCACGUGAAGAUCAAACUCUCCUCCAACACAAUGGUGGGAAGUGAUUUUGAAGUGUAUGCACAGGUCAAAAACAACACAGACGCCAAGAAGAACUGCAGACUGAUGUUCUACGCCCAGGCUGUGACCUACAACGGCAAACUCGGGGAGACCUGUGGACUGACGGAACUCGCAGAGAUGAAUCUGGCCCCAACAGAAGGGGGUAAGGCAACUCUUCAGCUGCUUUAUUCUGAAUACGGAAAAGCCAUAACUCAGGACAGGAUGAUCAAACUGGCGGCGCUCCUCGUCGAUGUAGAGACCAAGGAGUUUUACAGAGCAACCAAGACCCUGAUGCUGGACAGCCCCUCCAUCACCAUCCUUGUUGAAGGGGAACCCAAAGUUGGCAAGACACUACUUGUUAAAGCCCUGCUGGUGAAUCCUCUACCAGAAGCACUGGAGAACUGCGUCUUCUCUUUACAUGGAGCCAACCUCACUGAUGGAGCUCCCAUCACUAAAGAGGUGGGGACGGUGGGUCCUGAAGAGAGUACCAUUGCUGAGCUGGAGUUCACACCCAAGGCAACAGGAAUACGGAAAUUAGUGAUCGAUUUUAGCUCAGAUAAACUAAGUAACAUCCAGGAUUUUGAGAAUAUAGUAAUUGAAGAAUAAAUUAAUAUUGUUUUAUUCAUAA